AUGACUCAAAGUGUGCCUCGACAUGUGAGCCCAUACGCUCACGCACCGAAGAUAUUUGGACUCAAGUUCAAGGUGAUCCAAAGUGUUCGCAGGAAGCGAGAAAUACGGGACUGAACUUACAGAUCGCUUCCAGAGUGCUUCUGGUUUUCGAGGCAAUUCUUGGCAAACUCAUGUUGGUGCUAUCGAUCUGCUCGAUCAUUUAUUCUCCUUCGUGGUGUAAGCUCCGGAACUCCAGUGCCACAUACUUCAUCUUUCACAAUUUCAGAUCCGGUGUUCGUUAACUUUGCAUUUCUUUUCUUCGUGAUAUUCUCAAUCGUCACCUACAAUCUCUGUCUUUCGAAACAAUCAGCAAUUCACGCGUAUCCAAUGCUUUCUUACCAGGUAAAUUCUCUUUGAAUGCUUCAUAUUUUAAUUCAUGUUAUUUUGCAGUUAGUCACAAUGUUUUGGCUUUUGAUCUGGUUGUACGCAGCAUUAAAUGCAGUGGCCAGUGGAGUAAUGUGGUCCCUGGAAUCUCUCGGAGGACCUUCGUAGGCCACAACGAAUGUCCCCAUCAACUUUUUUUAUUUUCAGAACGAGCCGAGUCCGGACAUCUCACGAUAUCAAAGAUGCCAAUUAUGCGAAUCCAAAUGAGACGCACCCGGAAACGGCGCGAGGUGAGCCUAAUUAGUCCCUACAGAAUACUCAACUGACAUUUCCGCUUCUCCAUUUCAGCAAUCAAAUACGGAGCAGUAAUAGCGAGCCUCUGCGUGCUCAUAAUCAGCCUCAAAAUGCUUGCUUUCGUAGUCGCCAGAAGGACGUACUUUCAAGUGCUCAAAAUGCAGCACGAAUCGAUUGAGCAGGCCGUCAAGGUUGUGUCGAUAAUUGAACGUUUUUGAGACGGGGAGAGCCUUCCAAUUGAGAAGCGGUGCUUUCAAAACAACUAACAAACACAUUAAGCAAAAUAAAAAAACCAUUAGCCAUAAUUAUGCCCUUCCGAUUGCAAAUAAACUAUUCUGUACAUAAUGUGUCAUAAAACGGUCUCCUCGUCUCAAAACAGAAUCACUAGUAGUAGUUAGACAGUGAAUCGUUUCGCAGGAAUCCAACUUCGACGGAACCGAAAGCGAGAUCUCGAAUGUCGGCGGAACUUCGCCGUCCUAUCCAGUCGCCUAUCGGAACCGACCGCCGAAGCCGAAAAGAAUGGCGAUUUUGGAGGAAGUGCAGGUCGAAGAGUACACGCCGGAACCGUCACCGGCGCCGCGGAGAAUGAUCAAGAAGCCAGUUCAGAACUCGGAAUCAAAUCAAUCAGUGAAGUUCAAUUCACUGCCAAAAUACGAAGAAUCAGCAAUUUGA